AUGUCGAACGUGAGCUUAUCCGUGCCAGACAUCGAGAAGAUCCUCGACACGCUCAUCUACGAUGGGAAGGUGGAGCGGCGGCUGCAGGCAGGCAGCGGCUCGGAGGACCAGCUCAAGCUGUACCGCGCCACGCAGACGCUGCUGCCACCUGUCGGCCUCAUCAAAACCCCCUGCGGUAUAUGUCCGGUCAUCGACCAGUGUUCAGACGUCGGGUCAGUGACACCACAACUCUGCAUGUACCUGAAAGAAUGGCUGGAAUAAAGCCACGUUAUGA